CUUGGAUGCAGGACCAUGUCCCUGGUUCUUCCCACCCUGCUCUGUCUUUGUGAGUCUGGGAGAGAGGGGCCCAGCUACAAAUACAAGGCUACAGGGGGCAGGGCUGCCGGUUCUAGAAGGCUGAGCUGUCUCACCUGCUGUUUCCUUCCAGGGUUGUAUCCAGGCCAGUGCACUCAGGCACAGAACAGAAAUCUCCCCCGACCUGAUAUCACAGCUGUGCCUGAAUCCAUGGUUCUGUCCAAGGAACAAGUGACUAUCCAGUGCCAAGGGCCUGCAGAAGCUACAGCAUAUGCGAUAUCUAAAGUGGGAAGCCCUGAGCGCUCACACACAGAGAAACAACUGCUGUCUAAGACUACCAAUACUUUGGAAAUUGCACAGAUGACACCACACUGGGCAGGGCUGUACCACUGCUCCUAUCAGAGUGGAGACAGCUGGUCCCAGUUCAGUGACCCCCUGCAGCUGGUGAUGACCGGAGCUUAUGAAAAACCCUCCCUCUCAAGCAUGACUGGCACUGUGGUGGCUUCAGGGGAGAAUGUGAAGUUGCAGUGUUUCUCAAGACUCAAGUUUGAUGUAUUUAUUCUUAUCGAAGAAGAUGAAGUUCAUGCCAUCCAGAACCAAAGCUCCACCCCCAAGGGUGGUGGACAUCAGGCUGUCUUCCUGUUGAAUCAAGUCUCCUCCACACAGGCCGGGACCUACAGAUGCUUUGGUGUCUUCAACGAUUCCCGCUAUGUGUGGUCUGACGCCAGUGACCCAUUGCAGCUUCAGGUCAGAGGUGAGGAAGCCCCAGCGCACCCAUCCUCAUGUCUGCUCCUGAGACCAACACUGUCCAGGUGGAGCAGUGAUUGGGAAAAGGAGGACAGUGGGGUGGGAAGGCGGUGUCACCACCGUCUGCUUAGACAGGAAGCUCUGAGGAGCUCACUGCCCUCACCCACAAUGCAGCCCUCCUACCACAUGCCCAGGGGCCGGGGAAGUGCAGUUUUAGAUGGAAAACUAAAAAACAUUCAAGUAAAAGAGAGAAAGAAAACCCCUCUGAUUUCAGCCCCAUUUGCAGAAGCUCCUGAAGGUCCUGAUCCCACGACAUCCAGACAUUCAACUGCCCCACCUUCCAACAAAAACUCCCCGGAGAAACACCAGAACGUUCUGAUUGGAGUCCCAGUGGCCAUUGCUCUCCUCCUUCUCGUCCUCCUCCUCCUCUUCAUCAUCCACCGUCGCAAAGCCAAAAGCAAUGCUGCUAGGAGUGACAGACAGUUAGAGGCAGCUGGACCGAUGGACGGACAGGCCUCUGAAGCUAGAGACCCACAGGAUGUCACCUAUUCCCAGGUGACCUCCAGUGUCUCCACCCAGGGGACAGCUGCCACACCCUCCUUGUUGCCCAGACAGACCCAGACCAGUGAGUAUGCAACACUUGCCCUGAGAUAAGCCACAUGCCGGUGCCUGCAUUUCACGGGCAGGAGGACUUACAGCUGCCCAUUGGGAGGUCCCUCCUCUGGACUCACUGAUCCUAAAUCUGAGGCCGUCAGCCUGGCUGAGGGGACCCAUGUGACUCAGAAGUCCCCGCUGCCCCCCUGAAUCUCAAGACCUCAAGAUUAUCACCCAAUCAGUUCCAGAAUCUCUACUGUAAUUGCCCAGCAAUUCCCAAAACCCUCCAAAGUUAUCAGAAGAAUGAUAGGGUAAUUUUUCAUAACUUCUCAUUAUUCAUCAAUUAAACAAAUAUACUUAAAUCCU